AUGAGUAAAAAGCUGGAUCUCGAAAUCACACAAAAGGUAUCGGAAGUUGAUCAUUCCUAUGACCAAACUAAAAACUCAUCUUCCGAAAUUGAUGUUGAAUCAUCAACCAGCAAAGAGUCAUUGUUAGAGCCAGAUGUUGCUGAACUACCCAGAAUUGUUCGUGAAAUUGUACCUUUGGAGGAUGACCCAACUAUACCUGUGUUGACAUUUAGAUACUUCAUAUUAUCAAUCAUAUUCAUUGUGCCUGGUGCUUUCAUAGACACAAUGAACUCGUUUAGAACUACAUCAGCUGCUUAUUCAAUUUUUUUCGUCCAGAUUGCCAGUCACUGGGUUGGGAAAUGGUUAGCAAAAGUAUUACCAGAUAAAAAAGUUGGAUUUGGUCGCUAUAAAUUCAGUUUGAACCCAGGACCAUGGUCCAUCAAAGAAACGGCUAUGAUCACAAUAACUGCAAGCUCUGGAGCUACUGGAUCACAAGGGAUCAACUCGUUAGCUUUAGCUGAGAUCUACUAUGGCGAGACUGUUAAUGCGGCAGUGGCAAUUUUCUUUAUGUGGACAAUUGUCUAUGUUGGUUAUUCCUAUGCUGCUCUUGCAAGAAAUUUUUUGCUAUAUGAUCCACAAUUCAUUUGGCCCCAAGCAUUGGUGCAAACAACAUUGUUUCAAACCCAAAAUAAAUCUGAUACUGAUUCAAAACAAGGUUCAAAGCAAAUGAGAGUAUUUUUCUUUGUAUUGAUUGGAGUUUGCAUCUGGCAUUUCUUUCCUGAAUAUGUUUGGCCAAUGACAUCAUCAUUAGCAUUCUUGUGUUGGGUUGCGCCAGAAAACUACACUGCCAAUUUCAUUGGAUCUGGUUUAGGUGGUAUGGGGUUUAUGAAUAUCACAUUAGACUGGUCCAAUAUUACUUCAUCAAUUAUGUUAUAUCCUUAUUGGGUACAAGUAAUCCAGUUUAUUGCGUUUAUCCUAAGUGCUUGGAUUUUAAUUCCCCUGGUUAAAUGGGGUAAUUUAUCAGAUUUCAAAUUUGGUUUAAUGUCAAAUAGUCUUUUCUUGUCCAAUGGAACCAAAUAUCCAACUACAGAAUUAUUGACUCCAGAUUUGCAAUUGAAUGUAACCAGAUAUGAAGAGUUAGGUCAUGUUCAUUUGGGAGCUCAAAGAGCAUGGAAUAUGUUUUUCGAUUAUGCAGCUUACGUUUCUGGGUUUACAUGGGUUGUUGUUUUUGGUUACAAAAGUUUAUCUACAUCAUUUAAGAAAUUGGUUGCUUCAAGAAAAGAAAAGGGGUCAUUGAGUUUGCAAUAUACUGAUCGAUUGAACAAGCUUCAAAGUGCCUAUAAAGAGGUUCCUUUGUAUUGGUACGUCAUUUUAUUCAUUGCAUCGUUCAUCACAUUGUUGGUAAUCCUUGCCACUGAUAGUUUGUUUAUGCCAUGGUGGUGUAUGAUUGUUGGAUUAGCUUUUGGUAUGGUUAUUGUUACUCCACUUGCAUGGUUAUACGCAUUAUCCAAUUUUCAACUUGCCAUUGGUACGUUUAAUGAGUUAUUAUACGGGUAUAUGAUUCAGAGUAAAGCUCUGAGACAUCCUGCAGGAGCAACAGUUUACGGUGCCAUUGCUGGUGAUGCAUGGUACAGAGCACAAUAUAUUUUACAAGAUCAAAAAAUUGGCCACUAUAUGCAUUUACCACCAAAAGCAGUGUUUUUUUCACAAAUCUUUGGUGAAUUGAUUGGUGUACCAAUCAACUAUGCCGCAUUGAGAUGGGUAUUGUCGUCAAAAAAGGAUUUUCUUAAUGGAACAAAGGUUGAUACUCUUCAUCAAUGGACAGGACAACAAAUCGUCUCGUACAACACCAAUGCCAUCCAAUACGUUGUCCUUGGUCCCACGAGGUUAUUCAAAAACUAUCAAGUAUUACCUUAUGGAUUUUUGGUAGGUGCAUUGGCACCCUUGGUCAUAUAUGGGCUUUACAGAUUGUUCCCCAAAUCAAAGCUCAAGUUCAACUUGUGGAACACCACUGUAUUUUUCUCUACAUUAUCCUCAUUUUAUGGGAACAUAUCUACAGGUCCAUUUUCACAAUUUGUUGGUGGUACUAUCACAAUGUUUUACGCAUACAGGUAUAAACACGACUUGUGGAAGAAAUACAAUUACUUGUUGGCAGCUGCUAUUGACACUGGUUAUAACUUGGCCAUUUUGUUGAUUUUCAUCAUAUUCGCUUCAGGAAAGACGAUAACCAUGCCAAAUUGGUGGGGAAAUAACGAACAAAGUGUUGAGAGGUGUUUUGCUUUGGCCAAAGCUUCAUAA